AUGGCAACAACUGAUAGCAAGGAAGAACGCGGCAUGGUAGGGGAGCAUCCUUCAGUGAAAAGGAAAAUCUCGAAUCGUCCGACCUCUCGCAAGCUGAUCAAUUCCAAGUCCUAUGCUGCCCGCUUGGAUGGGCAUUCCUCCAUGGCCUAUUACGGCAACAACGAAAGAUAUUCGCUUGGGAUAUUCAGUUACAAGCGCACUAACUCUGGAUUCUCAUUGUUCUUCUUCGAUGUUGAAGAGAUGAAGGAUUAUCCUAGGAACGCAAGCUUCAAAAGGUUCCUGAGCUCCAAGGGAUCAUUUAAGGGCAGACUGACAACUGGAUGUAUUCUUGGUGAAACUUUCUAUUUCGUUAUCAAGGAGGACGAAGAGAAUAUCCGCCGAAAGCCCCUUGACGGUAAGAUUGGUAGACCGAUGAAGCUCCCCGAGCCUAUCGUUAAGUUGACGGUGGAUGCUUGUGGUGAGAAGCUCUUCGCUGUGGGGAGGUCUGGCAAGAUCUAUAUGAUGCAAGAGGGGGCCCAAGGGAAGUGGGAUAACGUCAUGACAUUGCCCAAAGGGUCGAGUAAAGGCAGAAGCUCGUUCGAGUUCGAGGAUGCUGUUGUCGAGAACGGUAAGGUGGUAAAAGCACUACUUGUGAAGAAGGAACCAAAACAUGAACGCAUGUGGAUGCAUGGAUGUCCGACUCGUAUAUGUGUUUGGCAAAGUGAUGGCUCAGCCAUUCACGAGAGUGGGGAAGUGAAUGCCGAGGCAGUUAAGUUCGUCCCGGGAACUGAUGGCCGUAUUUGCUGUGGUGUAUUCUAUGAGGAUGGGGACAUGAACUUCUUCGGUGUCUACGAUGUGUUUGAUAAUGAGUUUCUUACCGAACCGGAGGAAGCUAUCUUCUAUUCGGGUGAGGAAAUCGACGUGUCGUCCGUUAUGGUGACUGAGGAUUGGGAGGUUGUCGUGAGAGGUUGGGAUUAUAGGCUCAAGUUGUACGAUGCCUAUCCGAUGUUGUACAUUACUACACUGCAGUUGGGGUGUGAUGAUGAUGAUGUUCAAUCCAAGAGGGUUAAGAGUUCUGGUGGGUGA